GAAGAGCGGGGAGUUGGGAGAAAUCGGGGAAUAACACUCAACAGAAAGCGUACAGAGGAGAGGAGGGACAGCACCUCGCGCGUCGGGCAUCCCCUCCUUUCCUUUCUCAGGCUGUCACAUCAGAUUGGACUCCGAAGGAGCGACACCGCGUCCGCCCCAGACCCCAUGGGGUAACAGAUGUUUGGAGGAGAAGCUUUUGUUCAGCUACACAGAUGAACAACAGGAAGGAGGACAUGGAGAUCUCAUCUCACUACCGUCAGCUCCUCAGAGAGCUCAAUGAGCAAAGACAGCACGGCAUCCUCUGUGACGCCUGUGUCAUUGUGGAUGGAAAGAUCUUCAAAGCCCAUAAGAACGUCCUUCUGGGGUCCUCACGCUACUUCAAGACUCUUUAUUGCCAGGUUAAAAAGGGGGCAGAGCCUCACCAUCAGACCACUGUCACUCACCUGGACAUUGUUACGGCCACCGGCUUCAAAGCCAUCCUGGACUUCAUGUACUCAGCACACCUCGCCCUCACCAGUAAGAAUGUGAUCGAGGUCAUGUCGGCUGCCAGUUACUUACAGAUGACAGACAUUGUCCAGGCUUGCCACAGCUUCAUCAAGGCAGCGCUGGACAUCAGCAUCCGCUCUGAGAUGGCUGACGAGCUGGCCGACUUUGAAAUGGGAGCUGUUGCUGCAGGUUUGGGAGGAGGUGGAGGAGGUGGAGGAGGAGGUGGAGGCGGGGGAGGGGGUGGAGUGGGUAUGGCAGGUGCCGGGGGUAUUCCGGCAGCAGGUUUAGGAGGAGGAGGUGGGAUAGUCGGCAUGGCUUCUGAGGCCUUAGCCUCCAUCAUGUCUGGUCGUAGCACCUCCCCUUGGCUAGCUCGCCGCACCAGCCCCGCCAAUUCUUCUGGGGACUCAGCCAUCGCCAGCUGCCACGAGGGAGGCAGCACGUAUGGAAAGGAGGACCAAGAACCCCCAAAGAGCCACGAGAGCCAGGAGGAAGCCUGUCACGACUCUCAGCCCGCCUGGCCACAUGACUAUAGACCGGUUAACGUCAAAGAGGAACAGGUUUCCCCCGCCUCCUCUUCACAUCCACGGGACACUCCCAAGGGGGCAGCCCAAAGCCAGGGAGAGCAAGGGACUGGAGGAGCUGGUGGGGUGGGUGGAGAAGGGUCCUGGCAACCCCUGUCAGGGUCAGCCCGGAGGAAGAACAGGAAGAACAAGGACACUGUCAGACAUAUUACCCAGCAAGCUGAAAGGACCUGGGACCGCGAGCGGGACAGGGAUAGAUUCAGGGACAGUAGGCCUGGCUCUCCUCUGCCCUCCAUACUCGCCGUUCCUGGAUGGAACUACAACGGGCAAGACAUCCCAGGGGCAGACGUGACCGAACCCAACAGCUCCGACAGCCGCGGCGAACGCCUCGACUUCUUCCUCAAACAGGAAGAGGCUCUCACCGCCGAGCCCAGCUUCCUGGGCGCCAAUGAAUCGGAGGAGGCGAGCGGAGGAGCGGGCGGUGGGGGGAUCUCGUCCGUGGCCAACCUGAAGGCAGCACUGAUGAGUAAGAACAGCCUGCUGUCACUGCGGGCAGAGAUGAUGGGAGAAGAUAACCCCCUUCUGUACGAGUACCUGCCCAAAGGAGGACACUCCCUGUCUUGGCUCCGCUCCAACAACUACUGCAGCACGCUUCGGCCAGGGGCCACAGGGGCCACUAUUGAUAACAAACAGGGCGCUGGCUCCUCUCCUCCUCCUCCUCCUCUUCCUCUUCUUCCUCCUCAUCUUCCGCCAUCAUCACCACCACUUCUGCCAUCAUCAACAUCAGCAUACUGCCCACCUACUCCACCCACGCCACUGCACCCCUCUGAGCCUCGGCCCCUGGAGGCCCCUGGUCUGCGGGCCGGGGCCCCUCCACUGCACUCAGAAGGAUUGGACAUGGAAGUGGAAGAGGACCCGGAGGGCCCGGAACCCUCCACCUUGCCGGAGGAGGGCUUGAGAGACAAGGAAGACAUGAAAGAGUGCUACACAGCCUUGGAAGGUGAUCAGUCUCCUGUCGAGAGGGAUCAGAUGGACGAGGGGAGCUGUGCCGGUGACUUGACUGCGCCUGCUUCGGUGUCCGAUGCUGGCAGAGGAGCUAAAGGGCUGCUGGUGCUGGUAAACGACUUCACGGUGAUCCGUAAAAAGUUCAAGUGCCCCUACUGCAGUUUCUCUGCUAUGCAUCAGUGCAUCCUUAAGAGGCACAUGCGCUCCCAUACCGGCGAGAGGCCAUACCCCUGUGAAAUCUGCGGCAAGAAGUUCACCAGACGGGAACACAUGAAGAGGCACACGCUGGUGCACAGCAAAGACAAGAAGUAUGUGUGCAAAGUGUGCAGCCGAGUCUUCAUGUCAGCGGCCAGCGUUGGCAUCAAACACGGCUCCCGUCGUCACGGCGUCUGCGCAGACUGCUCCGGCCGCGGCAUGGCUGCACUGCUGGACCACAACGGGGAGGUGGGUGGCGACAUCUCACCCGAGGAGGAGAUGUAUCCCGGGGAUCGCUUCCACGAGGACCAGGCAGAGUGCGACGGCGAUGGAGAAGGGGAGGAGGAGAUGAUGGUGGAAGGGGAUGGGGAGAUCUUGGGAGAAGGGGAGGAGGAGGGGGGUAAGUGGAAGGACUCAGGGAUGAACACUGAGGCACACAGAGCACUGGACAAUGAGAAAGAGGAGAGCGACUCCUCAGCUCAGGAGGGCGAGCAGCAGAAUGGGAGCGAGAAGGACUUUUCUUGGAUCUCGUAGAACCUGUGAGGUGUUUGUUUGAGGCUCACCAACAUAACCGCUCUCUGAAGAUCUCUCAAGAUCUCUCAAGCAGAUUCUCUGCUCUCUUUACCCACUCGUCCCACUGUGGACAGGCCUUCCUUUGAAUGGAAACGUUGGGGGAUGCGCAACAAUGAUCACACCACUCAGAAUAACACUGAAAUGCACACACACACACACAUACACACACACCUCACAAUAUUCUCAACCUUGACUGCCAUAGAAGAAGAGAGAUGAGGAGACGGCUUGCGUGCAAGGCUUUUUUUCUGCUUACCUCCUUUACUUCAGAUGCAGUGUUUUCGUGUUUCUUUUUACUGAGGGUUCAGGCCAGAGUCCAGCAGUUUCCUACUCUAUUGCAACAGGAAUCGACGAGGACGCUGCCAAGGACACAGCCGACGCUAGACUGUAACUUUGUAUGUUUGCCAUCACAAUCACCAUGGAAACCAAGGAUCACAAGACAGAGUAGGGAAAUAGCCAGGAAGAAGGGCAUUAUUGGUCCCUCCUCGGCUGUAAUGUUUCUGGGGAAAGUGUAUCUCUAUGAGUGAAGCGAGAAACUGAAUCUAUUGCAAAGAUGCGAGUGUCAGGGCACUGGGAAGCCCAGCGGCACAUUGUUGAUGCAGAAUCCUACUGCCACAGACUUGCACUUUAAUGACAACUGACUCCUAUAUCAAAGCCCUGAACCCGUGGUUUACAUUUUUGAUCUGAUCUUUACUUACUAAACAACUCGGUGACCGCACCUACCUUUAAGGAUAUACUUUAUGUCCUCUUGACUGUUAUCACAAGAUAAAAAAUCACUGAAUCUGUGUGCAGAUUGCUGUUUAUAUAGCCUAUGCCUUUCAGUGGGGUCUUUAAUCUUUUCUUCAGUUAAAUUUACCGCCUGGUUUCUAUUGAUCCAUUCCAGCAAAUACCGGAGAAUCGACUUAUGUACAUAUGAAUCAUGGAAUUUUUAAAGGAGGAACGAAGGCUGAGACAGAGGGAGACAGAGCGGCUCUACCCGACACUAAUAACGCCUUCUGUCUCUCUUUCUGUCUCUGGUUGAGUCUCUCUCACACUGGAUGUUGUGGCGUUAGGACCUGAGAGCCAAGUCUCUCACACUUCAGAAGGAGCUGCCUUUGUUCUUUUUCAUUCUCUUUCCCUUUUUAUUUCAUUUCAUUCUUAUUUUUUUUUUCCUUAUUAAAAGUUGUGUGAUUCCAGUUUCUGGAUACAGAAUAUGCAGACUCUUUCUACGGUUAAUCUUUCUUUCGGUAAUAUGGUUUCUGCAGUUUUGUGAGGUUAAAAGAAAAGGGAUUAUCAUUGUGCUUGAAAUUGAGAGUUUCAGUAUUGAGAGUGUAAAAUCAGUUUGUUAUUUAUUGAAACACACAUUUAAUCAGAAGUCAUUCCCUUCUCUGAGUGUGUGUGUGUGUGUGUGUGUGUGUGCGCGUGUGUGUGUGUGUGUGUGUGUGUAUGUGUGUGUGAAAGAAAAAUGACUGUCCAGUGUCCAGAAAGAGUCUACAUUGAUUUAUUAAAAUUAUUUCCAUGUUUUUUGGCAAAGCUGUUGACAAUUCAAGUGAGGCCAUUGACAUGUCUUAUUAUUAUGAAUAGCAAAAUUAUGAUUACUGUUGUUGAUGUUACUAUUAUUAAUUAUUAUUAAGUGCUGGAUGCUAAGCUUUAUUGUAUGUGUGUGUGCGUGUGUGUGUGUGUGUGCGUGUUUUUUCUCUUUCUUUUUGAUAUUUUAUAUCUUGUAUAAGAAAAGAAGCUUUUAUACUUUGCCUUGUUGUGGAUAGCAAGCCAUGGGGCUUUUAUCAACCUUUUAUUGUGCCAGUUUACGCUUUUUCUGUCGUAUUUGCUUUUUUUUUUUACCAAGGGGGGAAAAGAAAUCACACUCACUGUCUGACUUCUCUGUUAGAUAGUAAUUAAACAUAUACUCAGCACACGCUUUUGCAUCACUAAUGUACACUAAUUGAUUCAUAUCAAACCAAAAACAAUCCAGUUGUAUACAUGAAGUGCUUUCACGGUCUGUGUGCAAGUGGUUUUAUUGUUGUGGUAAAGUUUUUGUUGUUGACUUUUGAGGUUUUUAUUUCUGGAACCUGUCACUAUUUGUCACAAUGUGAUAAAGUGCACGUUAUUUUAUUAUUUAGAACAUGAAGGGCUGUGUGAAAGGACAGCUAGCUUUUAAAGACUGCAUCUUUAAAAAAAAAAAAAAAAAAAAAAAAAAAAAAAUCUGUUUUUUUUCCUGGUUUUUACCAUCUCGUGGCUCGAAUGACACAAUCAAGUAGCAAUGCAGCGUGCAGACUAAACGCUCCUCUCAGAUAGCCGUGUUGUGUCUACACGCUGUAUUUCUGCGUGCUGGUGUUUUACCGGCUUAACUCGUGCUCGUGUACAUUAAGGGAAGGCAAGUGCUGCAGUAGUAACUCUGGGAAACAUGUUGCUGCCGGGGCAGGUUGCACACAUCAGGCCCUCUGCUACAGGUGCCAUAGACUGCACUUCCCAUCAGCCCCUGCUGAGAGACUCUCGGCACCAUUUGUGAUGCUUUCUCUGUCUGGCAACGUUAUUUGUUAUUUAUUGUGCUUUUUCUUUGACUCAUUUAUCAAUUAGUUGUAAUUUUCUUUGGUGAAAAAAAAGGAAGCUUGACAAUGGGGUUGAAGUUUUUAUGAAUGUCACUAGUGGGUGUGGAAGAAGCCUGUGAUCGGUGACAAAUCUCUGUCCUGUGGUGCUCUCACGGCCACUGAGAGACACCUGGAUGUAUGUCUGACUUCUCUGCCCUGCUGUCCUCUCACGAUCCGUACUCUAUGUCCUCUUCCUCAUUCUGGGUCGUACUUCAGGAAAAAAAAAAACAAAAAAAAAAAAAAAAAAAAACUGCCAUCAACCCCUCAAUAUGUGCCUCAAUGACAUUUCACCCGCGUGCUUGUGAGAGUGUCUGCUUGAGACAUGACAGAAUAUUUCUAUCAAUGGACAGAGAUUAACAGAGAUGCGACUGAUCAGACUGGCGGUGCAAAACAUUUUAGGAGCUGAAACGUCGAGACAAAUCAUGAUGGGCGACUACAUUCUCCUCCCCGCAGUGUGUUAAUGACCUUUUGUGCCCUGAUUCUGUGGUCUUAACUGCAUGCCUGUGUUCCUUUUGUCAUACCAAAGCGACAUCUUCGGCAUCUGCACACAACUCUCUCAUUCCACACAAUGCAAAACUGGAACCGUUUGCUUUAUUCCAGGAUGAAUAUGGGUAUUCUUAGACGUGUACAAAUUACAAUCCUCAUUUAGCCUGUAUAGCUUGAUUCACAUGUGCAAAUCAUGAAGCCAUAAAUAUGGGUAUAUCUAUAUUAUACUAUAUUUCAAAAUUGGCGCUUUUUAAUUUAGAUUUUGUUCCUUCUAAGAGUGAUGUGUGUAUAUCUUCAUAUAUAUGAAUUUAUAUUACUAUUAUAUAUUAUUUAUUUUCUCUUGAGUUUCAGAGGGUCUUUAAAUUUGUAAAAGAUCACGCCUGAAGCUUGAUGUUUGUUUAUUUUCAAUGGGAAUAUUGUUCGAUAUGAUACUGACUUUAUAUUGACUAUUAUCAUAAUCCUGUGUUUGUAACAAAAUGUGCUAAAUAAUCAAAACAAACAAAAAAAAAACACCUGUCCUGUUUUUACACAUGUUUUGUUCUGGGCAGAUUUAAGAGCUCUUGUGCAGAUAUUUUCUUCGGUUGAUUGAAUUGAUCACAAAUCAUUUUUACAGUCAACCAUGAGCCUCCUGUUUUGAUGUCCAAGCCUCUUUCUAAUUUCAUGUUUAGUGGAAGAAUUAGCUUGAAUAUUAUUUGCAAAAAUCAAUCAGUCUCAAUAAAUUUUGAAAUUGCUGCUGUAAA